GCGCAGUACGCACCAUUUCUGUGCAAUUGUCCAAGCUUAAUCAACGUGUCGCUUUCACAAACUUCAAAAACUCCACAGGCUAAAGCAAAGCUCAAGAAAAUAAAAGGUGGAUCUCACUGUAAACUCUCUCUCUCUCUCUCUCUCUCUCUCGAUCUCUCCCUUAAUUUAUUUACUUCACUGUGAAAAGAACACAAAAACAAGAGAAAAUGGAGAACCUAGCGCAGGUUGCAGGGUUGAACGCAAUGAGCGUGACGAACACGGUGAUAACGGCGGCGCACAACGCGAGGGCGCACCGGCGGAACUGCGAGCGCAUGGCGGCGCAGGUGAGGAUGAUAUGGAACCUAUUGGAGGCGCUGAAAUCGACGGAGGUGGCGCGGUUGCCUGCGACGAAGGAACCCUUGGACGGUCUCGAAGAGGCUCUGCAGGAAGCGUUGGAUUUGGUGGAAAGUUGCAAAGACAGGAGUUACCUGUACAUGCUUGCCAUGGGUUGGAGCGUAGUGAAUCAGUUCCGCCACGUUCAGGCGCAGAUCGAUCGCUACCUUGGACUCGUGCCAUUGAUUUCCGUAGUCCAUGACUUUCGUAUGCAGCAUUUCAGCGAAGAGGAUAAAAGGGAAUACACUCUGGAUGAAGAAGAAAUGGAGACCCAAAAUGUGAUAUUAAAGACUAGUCGAUCUAAGAAGGAUGCAUGUAUAUUGGAGAAGUCCUUAUCUCGUAGGUAUCCAGAUUUGGUGUUCCACGAGGCCCUCAAAGAGGAGAAAGAAAAACUGCAUGUUGAACUAAGUAGAUCAAGAACCAAUAAUGACCCAGAACAAUGCAGGGUAAUUGAACAUCUUAUUGAAGUCACAAAAAAUGUUGUCAACAUGUCACCCAACAAAAAGGUUACAAAAAUUGUUUUCAAUGAACCAACUGAUUUGAUUGCAAGGCAUAUAACUGAUAAUGCCAUAGCCUCUGAGGACCUUGAGUUGGAAUCUGGAGAUAAAAGUCAAUCAGAAUGGAAGACUGAUCUCUUUGGUUGCUGUAGGGAGCCUUGCUUAUGCUUGAAGACCUGCUUCUUCCCAUGUGGAACAUUUUCUUGGAUAGCAAAUGUGGUUACUAGAGGAGAAACUUCUCGAAAACGAGCAAUGACUAAUCUAGUGGCUUACUCCAUCUUUUGUGGUUGCUGCUGUUAUUCUUGUUGCAUAAGAAGGAAACUGCGUAACCAGUUUAACAUUGAGGGAGGUUUGUGUGAUGACUUCUUAACGCAUCUAAUGUGUUGCUGUUGCGCAAUGGUUCAAGAAUGGCGUGAGCUUGAGCUCAGUGGUUUUGGAGGUAUGCUGAAUAGACUUAACUUUUUCAGACAUAUCUUCAUCGUAAAACUGUUACUAAGGAUGGUGUAUCAAAGAGAGUCUAUAGUGCUGCAGCCUAAGCCUUGUGGUUAAUACGUGCGAAGCCAUUGGGUUAAAAAUUUUCCUCACUCACAUUGUCAAAUGCAAUUGACCCCUGAGUAAAGGCGUGUGCCAUCAAUGACUAAUAAUAAUCUACCACUUUUCCAGAUUGCCAGGAAAGAAAGAUGUUUCCCCCUCCGAACCAGUUCAUGGAGUCGUGAAUUUUUCUUUCUCAUGUCACAGGUUAAUUUACUUAGCCACUUAAUGUCAUUCAUUGGAAGACUCAGAUUUUGUUCAUAGUAUUCAGUUGUACUUGCAUGCAAAUGUUAGUCUUCAGUUGAAUGAAAAUAGGAGAUCAGAUUCGUUUGUUU